UCACAUAAUUAAUAUCAACCCCUAACAUUUCUAUUAUGAGCCUCUUGGCUAGUGAAAGCAAACGAAGGCGCCAGGCUGCCAGCUCUCACUUGCAGGAAAGGAGCAAAAGAAAGGAAGAAAGGGGACAGAAAUACCCUGCAAAGCCGCGGCUUUUCGGAACAAGGCUGAGUUGCCCGAGUCCUGCGGAACUGGUCCCUCCCUUAUUGCCAUCUUUGGCUGCGCUGGAUCCGCCCCGCGCAGGAGAAGAGAAAUGCAGCUGUCAGGCUCGCGAGCUCGCCGCUCUCUGCGCUCGCCGAGCCCCUAGAAAUGGGCACGAGGUCCCCGCUCGCCCUCCUGGUGGCCCUGUGGGCCAGCCAGCUGGGCGCGGGGGCGGCCGGGCGCUCCAAGGUGAACCCCCGCAUCAUCGCCGCGCCGCCAGGUGCCAGGGAGUUCGUGUUUCCCGCGAGGGAGAAGUACCCCGUCUUCUACCAUAAAGAAAACAGCUCAGGCAUCUUCGUCGGGGGAGAGGGGAGGCUUUACUACCAUGACUUUGCCACCUACGAGACGUACACGGAAGACUUCCCUGUGAUAAAAGAAGGGCAGUGCAUGAACUCUGGAGGYCCGGAAGACAAUAAAAAUUACCUCACGUUGCUGGGGGAGCACGGGGACAGCAUGUUAGUGUGUGGAACCGGCGCCUGCUCUCCUACCUGCUGGCACUGGAAUGAGAAGAAGAAGAGCUCGCCGUGGGAUGGGAGAGGUAUCGCCCCGUUCAGCCCCGACUCCAAUUCCCUCGUCGUCAUUGAUGGUAAUGACAUCUAUUCAACCAUCAAGAAGAGCCAACAGAAUGGCAAGAUACCCCGUUUCCGGCGAGUGAAAGGAGGAGGAGAGCUCUACACCAGCGACACGGUGAUGCAGAACCCCCAGUUUGUCAAAGCCACCACUUUAAGGCACGAAGAGCCUUACGAGGACAAGAUCUACUACUUCUUUCGAGAAGACAAUCCAGACAAGAGUCCUGAGGCACCCAGGAACAUCUCCCGCGUGGCUCAGCUGUGUAAGGAAGAUAAAGGAGGAACCAGCUCACUCUCUGCUUCCAARUGGACCACCUUCCUGAAGGCCAGCUUGAUUUGUGUGGACCCAGUCACCAAGGGCAACUUCAACUGGCUGCAAGAUGCCUUCUUUGUCCCCUCAAGUAACUGGAGGGAUUCCAAAGUCUACGGGCUCUUCACGAACACAUGGGGAAGCUCAGCUGUUUGUGUCUAUUCCUUUGGGGACAUCGACAACGUAUUUCGAACGUCCAAACUCAAGGGCUACAACGGCCCCAACCCGGAGGUCAAGCCUGGGCAGUGCGUUGCCUCGGGGCAGCACACGCCGAGCGAGACCUUCAAGAUCGCCGACAGCCACCCCGAGGUGGAGGACCGCGUGGAGCCCCUCGCCCCCAGCAAGAGCCCCCUGUUCCACAACAAGCACCGCUACCAGAAGAUCGGGGUGCACGCGGUCUCCGCGGCGGACGGGCGCCGCUACAACGUGCUCUAUCUGGCAACAGACAAGGGAUCCAUCCACAAGAUCGUGGAGCUGCCGGACGGGGUGCAGAACAUCAUGGAGCUCCAGGUCUUCCCAAAGAAGGACCCGAUCCACUCCAUGAUCCUGGACCAUCAGAGGGCGAUGCUCUACGUGGGCUCCACGGAUAAAGUCGUGGAGAUCCCCAUGGACACGUGCGGGGUGUAUCGCAACAACUGCGAGAGCUGCUUGCUGGCCAGGGACCCCUACUGCGGCUGGUCCGGCGGGCGCUGCCGCUCCGUGUACCGGGGCCGGGAGGUGCGUCAGAACCUAAACCUGGGCUCGUGGAAAGAAAAGUGCCAAGGGGGUAAAGCUAAGGAAGACAACUACCAGAACAUCACAGUGGUCCCUUUCUCCCGCUACUACCUCAACUGCCCCGUGGAGUCCCACUACGCCACCUACAACUGGUACCACGACGACUUCCUCAUCAAGACGUGCAACAACAGCCACCCGCAGCAGGACUGCUUCCACUUCAUCCAGAACGUGAGCCGCGCGCACUACGGCCGCUACGUGUGCGUCUCCGAGGAGGACGGCUUCCGGCAAGCCCUGGUGAAGGAGCGCCUCGUGGGCCAGCUCCGCUUCAUGUCGCAGAAGGGCCGGGCCGCCGCGGCGCUGGCCUCCUGGGUGCACGUGCUCCUGGUGCUGGGCUUGGCGGAGCUCUUCCACUGAACGUGGCCGCGCGCUGUCCUCGCCUGCCGCUGCUCUUCCUCGCCUUGCUGGGCCCUCUCGGGGCGAGAUCCCCGUUUCUCGUAGCCACGCGAAGGGGUCCUGCCUCCCUGUGCAGCUUCCAUCUCUGCUCCUGGCGGAGAAGCCGACUCUGGGCACUGUGAGGAGGGCACAACUGCAAGGCCACGUGGAGCCGGGUUUGGGGACGGGGAGGGAAGGGGCRCCCAGGGCACGUCGCUGCGAUGCUGGCGGGGAGGCUUUGGCCUCUCUGCCAGCACCUGCGGGCAGCUUCGUGCUGGGAAUCGUCGGGAGCGCACGGCGAGCGCCGCUCCUGUUUGGGGGACUGCGCGGACGUGCAUGCGCCGAUCCGCAGGGCUUGGCGCCUCUUCUCUUUGGGAACGUGCAUGUGAUGAAGAGGAGGAGCCAGCCCUUGGCCUUACCCCUGCUGGUUCACCCGUGCUCCUCUCCAAGCAAGGACUGGCCCUUCCAGGGCUUUUGCUGCUAACGUCUGGUUGAGGGGACAAGCACCUGGAGCGCUCCCUGUGUCACCUGCGAGGCCCUUCCCGGCCUGCUCGCAGGGGUCGGAAGAACUGGACCUUGGGAGCACUUUGGAGUUUGUAAAUAUGGGAAGAACGAGCA